UUUACAACGGUAUAUUUGAAUCGUGAGUAUAUAUGGUUUCAUAAUUAUUUGAAUGUUCUUUGUUUACUACUAAAUGGGUCGAGAAAAUAGAUUGAAAAGGCGUCCCACCUCCCUCACAGUACUAUAUAGCAGGGUGAGAUCCUUUUAGAAAAUUUUAAGUAAUAACUAACACCUCAGUUUAAAUGGAAUCGGUCAAUAACCAUGAUUGGACAAUAAACACCAUAAACGCAUACGAGAGCACGACGGAAAUUUUAAAGGAGGCGGCAAAAGAGUUCGGGUGGAACGUUGUAUCUACAAUCUGUGAAAAAGACCAGGAUAACGAUAAAUGUAUUUACUGGGGAAACAUACAAAGUAUCAAACAUAUAGAUAAAGGGUAUUACACCAAUCACGGUUGCAACGUUGUGAACAAUAUCCCAGGGUUCGCGGUUGUUGAGAAAAAGGUUGAUACGACGUUAGCGCUUCGAACAAUGUCAAAACUAUUUUUGGGACAUUUUGACUUUUACCCCCAAACCUGGAUAUUUCCCCAUGAGAUGAAAGAAAUGCCAAACGUUGGUAACCACGCAGGCAUCAGUGUUCCCUCCUAUGUUUACAAACCAGAUCACGAGUGUAGGGGGAAUGGGAUUAAGUUUUUUAACGACCCUGCCCUACUUGAGGAAAUAACUAAAGACACCCCCGCUGUAGUGCAGAAAUACAUUGAAACCCCCCUGUUAUGGAAUGGUUACAAAUUUGACAUUCGAUCGUUUUUCGUCAUCAUGAGUUUAAAACCAUUGGAAAUUUAUUACGCAAAGGGAUCAUUCUGCCGUCUUUGUGCGAUCCGAUACGAUGUUGACAAUUUCUCCGACACGUCCCAACACCUAUCCAACUUCAGUGUCAACAAUAAAGAGGGAAAAUUUGAUCCUGCGCGAUGCAAAAGUUUGCUUGAAAUGAAACAGAUGUUGAAACAAAACGGGCACGACGCGGACGAGGUUGAACGAAAAAUAGUAAUUUCUUCUCUGAAAGCGAUCAUUGCUGUUAUUCCUGAUUUAAUGGUUUGGCAGAAUGCGAUGACAGGAAGGGAAAAUACCAAAUCGUUCCAAAUCAUCGGAGUCGAUACGAUGGUGACGUCAGACUUGGAAGUAAAGUUCAUUGAAAUGAACGAGCCGAGAAUACGAAGUUAUUAUCCGACACUUGAGGGUGGAAGGGAGAGUCGGCUGUUCCUACAACCAGUAGCUGAGAUUGCAUUCAAUCUACAUCGAGAUUUACUGAAAAUACUCACCGAACCCAAUUGCAAAGAAACUUCCUUCUUGGAGAAAGUGUUCCCAGCAAGCAGGGACAAUCAAUAUAUCGAUGAUGAAGAUUACAAGCGGUUUGUUUGUAAUGACGUUUUAGUUGUCUGCAAAGCUGCUGAAUUAUUCAACAAAUUCAACAAGAAAAGGAGUCUGACCAUCGACCUUGAUUCAUUUCAAAGUUUGAUGGCAUAUUUGUCCAUAGAUGAUUUGGACGAUGUUACUGCUUUAUACAAAACCAAACUACGGAAGUGGAAAACGUACCUUCAUUACGUCACCAAGUUUGCUGAUUGUAAUUAUCACGAAGAACUUUCCUUUCAAGGAUUUAUGGAGCUUUUGUUGGAACUAUUUAGCGGAAGAAUAUUACGACAAAAACUGUCAUAGAAACUAAGUUAAACAAAAGAGGCUGGGGUAAGAU